AUGAAGCCUGUUAUCUCUUUGUUCCUUCUUGCCGAACUUGUUGGGUUCACCCUUGCCCAGGUAAAAGUGCAGAACGCCAAUGUCGAACCCGAACUUGUCGCUCAAAAUAAUUACAUCAUCAAAUACAAAUCAAAGGCUUCCUCUAGUAGCAAGAAGAAGCAUGAAGAGGCCAUUCAUAAGAAGGCUAAAAGUAAGGGAAAGGAGGGUAUUGUGGAAAAUAUCGACCUUGAUGGAUUCAAAGGCUAUGUCGCUGAGAUUCCCUACUCUGACCUCCAGGAAGUCAUUGACUCUGAUCUGGUAGAAUACAUAGAGCAGGAUACCAUUGUGAACGUCUCUGCUGUUGCAGCGCCCAGCUCCAGCCCGAUCACGAAACGCGGAUCAACUAGCCAGGCAUCUGCUCCUUGGGGUCUUGCUCGUAUCUCACAGCUCUAUUCUGAGAAGGGUGUAGACGCUCGCUACAAUUACGAUGCGACGGCUGGCUCUGGCUCAACUGUUUAUAUUCUCGACUCAGGCAUCCGAACCACACACAAAGAGCUUGGGGGUCAUGCUGUGUGGGGAGCCAACUUCGUUGCCGGCUCCCCCAAUACAGACGAGUAUGGCCACGGGACACACGUUGCUGGCAUUGUGGGUGGCAAGACCUAUGGUGUAGCUAAAGGUUGCACCAUGUAUGCUGUCAAGGUCAUCGAUAAGGACGGUGUUGGCACCAUGUCUAAUAUUCUUCAGGGCCUCCAGUGGGCUGUCAAUCACACCAGGUCCCGCGGCAUCACCAAGAAGAGCAUAAUCAACGCAUCCCUAGGCGGCCCCUAUACCAAGAUCGGCAAUGAUGCUGUCAAGGCUGCCACUGAUCUCGGGAUCACUAUCGUGGUGGCAGCUGGCAAUGAUGGGAGUGAUGCCGCCAACUGCUCACCUGCUUCCGCUCCAUCGGCCAUUACUGUCGGCGCUAUUGAUUCUGCCAGUCAUCGCACAUUGUGGUCAAAUUAUGGCAAGGUGGUAGAUGUAUUUGCGCCUGGUAGCGAUAUACUUAGUGCUGGGCAUCUGAGCGACUCUGGCAGCGUCUACAAGUCAGGCACAAGUAUGGCUGCGCCGCAUGUUGCUGGCCUCGCAGCGUAUUUCAUGGCGAAGGAAGGAAUUCGGGGAUCUACCGCCGUGACAAAGAGCAUAAUUAGUGCUGCUGAUACCAGUGGUGUUAAUACGCUUUUGAUAGUCCUCAGCGUGUCGCCUAUAAUGGUGGUGGCAAAUAGUAAAUAG